AUGCUCGGAAACCUGGCCAAGACAGCAAGCAUUGCCACUGCUGCGCUAGCCAUGGUCGGCGGAGUCAUGCUCGCAACCCGCGCAGCUGCGGCGGCGGACCGUCGUCGAAGAGCUGCUGUUGCCGAAGAGCCGAGGCUCUGUGUCGUCUCGGGCGGCUCUCGCGGCAUCGGCCGAGCCAUUGCCAAGGGACUUGUGGCGUUUAGCCCGCGAUGGAACGUCGUCGUCACUGCCUCGACGGCCGAGAGUGCGGCCAGAGCUGCCGAGGAGAUCGCUGCAGAGUGCGAUGCGGACGGGCGUGUCUUUGGCUUUGCCUGCGAUGUGACGGACGAUACUCAUGUUGCCGCGCUGGCGAGCUUUGUGGCCGACUCGUUUGGCCGCUGCGAUGUGCUGGUCAACAACGCCGGCGUCAUGACGGAGAUCCUCACUGACUCGGUCGUCGACCUCGACCUUGACGCUGUCCGUCGCUCGAUCGCCGUCAACACCGUCGGCGCCAUGGCCCUGACUCGCCAAAAGGCGCCCAUUUCCAUCCUCGGCUACCGCGUCUCCAAGGCUGCGCUCAACCGGUUCACCACCGGCCUCGCCCGCGAGCUGACGAACCUCGCUCCCGGCGGCGACGUUGUCGCCAACGCUGUCUGUCCGGGCUUUAUCAACACCGACAUGACCGCGUGCUUUGCCGACAUCGGCCGAGUCUCGUCCAAGACUCCCGCUGUCGGCGCCAUCACUCCGCUCUAUCUCGCCACCCUUCCGUCAUCGCCAGACAUUCCCAACGGCAAGUUCUUUGCCGAGCUGGAAGAGAUUCCGUGGUAGCACACGCGACGGCUACACUGCAAUGCCCACCGCUGCCGCGACGAGUGCGCCAAGUACCAACUGCCAAGCCACCGCAGGCCCCGCGCUCGCCGCCGACGAGCUGAGGAUCAGCGAGUGCG